AAAAAAUAUAUUUUUUAUGCCUCAAAUUUUGAUUUAAUAAACCCUGUUCUUUUCUUUCAACAAUUCCCCAUAGAUUUAAUUAACACCACACACAAAUCUCAAGGCAAAGUGAAACAUAUGUUUCCCCCUCCAUGACAGCCGCCUAAUGAACAGCAACCACAAUUACAGCUAACCCAUCAAAUGUCCUUCGUUAUCCAGCUAACAUCCCAAUAUCACAAUCGUCAUCUUCAUUGAACCCAGUAAUUCCUAGGGGGAAAGAGAGAGCGAUGGAGAAGAAGAAAAAAAACGGCCAGGGCGAACAAAUUAAAACCAAAUGUUUGUAAAUUUCAUUUAACUCAAUUGGGGUUUUCCUUGACUACUGCUGGUAUUUUGAAAUUCCUUUUGGUGUUGAAAUCAGGGGUGGUUGUUUUUUAGUUUUCAUUUAUAACCUUAAAAACAAUGGCAUGUUCUUCCCGUUUGGCCUCUCUCUCUCUGUUGGGUUAGUGAUUUGCUGCUCAAAUGAGCAAUAGCCGUAAUAACAACAACAAAUUGUCAUCGUGUUUUGUUUGUGUGUUUUUUUGUAUAGCGUUGCAAAUCUUUAUAUGAUUUAAUUGUAAUUCGAUGCGCUUACUGGAUUUCCCUUUUUGAAGUGUUGUUGUUACUGCUUUUGUUGUUACUUCAUUCAAGUUUUUUUCGGCAUUGCCUAUUUGUCAUAUGUCCUUCCCAUCCCCCUUGUCCUUGUUUUCACCACAUCCUUUGUGAUGUAAGAUUGUCAGUUUGGUGUCAAUUUUUGGGGUGUAUUUACUGGAUUUUAAUCCUGUUGCAUGUCGCGCAUUGUUUCGUCAUGCUGCGAACGACAAAGGCAGGCUCCUCCCAUUUUCAGUGAGAGUUGGAACGGAAUGGAAUGGAAACGGAACAUGUGUUAUAAAUAUUCAAUUGCAAAUGAAUAUUUUGCUGAUAUUAAAUUCAAUUAGGGCAAUUGAGAUUUGUGGGAAAUUUUCGGAUGGAGGGCCAGUGGUAGUGUCCUCAUGCCUGAUUGAGGAAAGGGAAUCUCCAUGGAGGAGCUGGAUGAGUUGGUGGACCAGUGAUUCUAAUCUGGACGAGCCGGUGAGCCAGUACUAUAUUCUGGAAGAGCUUUUGAAUCAGUGAUUCUUAUUUGGGCGAUCUGGUGGGCCAGUGAGUCUAUCAUAGGCGAGCUGGUGGGCCAGUGAGUCUAUCAUAGGCGAGCUGGUGGGCCAGUGAGUCUAUCAUAGGCGAGCCUGUGGCCAGUGAGUCUAUCAUAGGGGAGCCUGUGGGCCAGUGAGUCUAUCAUAGGCGAGCUGGUGGGCCAGUGAGUCUAUCAAAGGCGAGCUGGUGGGCCAGUGAGUCUAUCAAAGGCGAGCUGGUGGGCCAGUGAGUCUAUCAUAGGCGAGCUGGUGGGCCAGUGAGUCUAUCAUAGACGAGCUGGAGGGCAAGUGAGACUAUCAAAGGCGAGCUGGUGGGCCAGUGAGUCUAUCAUAGGCGAGCUGGUGGGCAAGUGGGUCUAUCAUAGGCGAGCUGGUGGGCCAAUGAGUCCAUCUCAGACGAGCAGGUGGGCCAGAGAGUCUAUCCUGGGGGAGCUGGGGGACUAGUGAGUUCGUCAUAGAGGAUCUGGUGGCCCAAUUAGUCCAUCCCGGACAAGCUAGUGAGUCAGUGAUUCUAUCCUGGACGAGCUGGUGGGGAAGUGAAUCUAUCCUAGACGACAUGGUGGGCAAGCGAUUCUAUUCUGUAGGAGCUGAUGGCCUAGAGUGUCUUGUCUAAACAAGCUGGUAAGUAAGUGAGUCUAUCAUAAAAGAAUUGGAGAGCCAGUGAUAUUAUCUUGGACGAGUUGGAGGGCCACUGAGUCUAUUCUGGAGGAGCUGGUGUCCUAGAGAGUCUUGCCUGGACGAGGUGGUGAUUGAGUGAGUCUAUCUUAGACAAGCUGGUGGGCUAAUGACUCUAUCCCGGAUGAGCUGGUGAGCUAGUGAGUCUAUCCUGGAGGAGCUGGAGGACUAGUGAGUUCAUCAUAGAGGAGUUGGUGGCCCAAUUUGUCCAUCCCGGACAAGUUAGUAGGUCAGUGAUUCUAUCCUGUACGAGCUGGUGGGGAAGAGAGACUAUCCUGGACGACCUCGUGGGCCAGCCAGUCUACCAUGGAGGAGUUGGUGGCCUACAGUGUCUUGUCUGGACAAAAUGUUGAGUAAGUGAGUCCAUCAUAAAAGUGCUGGUGAGCCAGUGAUUUUAACUUGGACGAGCUGGAGGGUCACUGAGUCUAUCAUUGAAGAACUUGUGGGCCAGUGAGUCUAUCCUGGACGAGCUGAAAAAAACGUAUAUCCAUCAAAGGUCCUUAUAAAAAGUUCUAAAGGGGUACUCUAUACAGAAGACCAAAGCAAAUAUUUUUUACACUCUGUCUCUGAAUUUUCAAUUUCCAAUAAAAAUUGAAAUUCUUUUCAAUAAAUUAUUGAAAAAAAAAAAAAGAAGCAAAACCCACAACAUGUCUGAUACCCCGCCAGAAGGUCAUUUCCAUUCGCAAACCAAUCUCAUUGAAGUUCAACACGUUGGAGUCACGGCCAAACUGCAAUCUCCCCUCAAGGAUCUGCUCUUGAAUUACAGCUCUUCAACAGAAAAUGAACGACGGGACUCAAUUUAUCAGCAGCCGAAAAAUUCCUCCUCAAAAUAUAAUAAAUUUACAAAUGAAGCUGGUACCGGGACAACAUCGGAUUCCACGUUGACGGAUAGCUCCAAAAUUCUUUACGAAAUGAAGGCAAUACCCAACCAAGGGAAGAAGGGUAAAAAACUUACAUUGACACCAUCCAAAAUAGAAUUUCAAUUGUAUAACCGCAAAAGAAAUGCCAGGAAGAAGAAUCUUGGAAAGAACAAACAAUCAAAAGAUAAGAAAACAAAAAGGAAACUUUUUGAAUUUGAAAACAAAAAUAAGGAUGCAAAGGAGAAAAAGAAAACUCACUCGAUUUUUCAAAAUCUCCGACUCUCUUUUGGUGAAAUGAAGAACUCCAAGGUGAAACCACCACCAAGUCCCAUUGAUAAAAUAUUUGACAAUUUACCCGAACCCAAUUUCCAAACGUCAGAAAUACGCAUUGGCAUCUAUCCCUUUGAUCAUGGCAAUGCGGAUUAUUUACAAACCCACGAACGUCCUCCCCACGUUCAUUCGCUGGCGCUGGCUCAACGUACCACCGAUUAUGCCACAAAAUUUUGGGCUGAAUUUUUCGGUAGUCUCCACAUUGGAGUUGCAUUUGUGGUCACAUUUCUUCUGCAGAGCUAUCGUUUCAUUCUAUAUUCUCUGGUCAAUACUCUCAUGGUGGGGCUACUGCACAUGACAUCGGAUUAUUUGCUGAAGCCAUUGCUGACGGUGGCAUUUAAUGGAUUUCUCCAACCUCCAAUGAUAUUUUGUUUUAAUACCUUGUCAUCGAUGCGAGAUAUUCUGGAACCCAUUGCGGAUACUUUGAAUAAUUUCGCGAAACCCAUUGCCACUGUGGGUCGGAGUGUACGCCUGGUGCACGCCACCUAUAAUAAGAAAAAUAUUACCAAAAAUGUUUGAAUUUUUCUUUUGUUAUAUUUUAUAUUUAUGUAUAUUUAUUAAUUUAUGUAUUAACUAAUUAAAUCCUUCCUUAUUCGCCUCAAUUAAAAGAAAUUCUACAAUUAAUCUGUAAGCAAUGGAUUUUUUACGAUACGUCGCCAACUAACUGCAUGUUUUCUGGAUUUACGAAACAUUUGAAGAUGCUUGGCAACACUAAAUGCCUUUAUAAUGUAACAUUGACUUAUAAACUAAUGAUUUACUCUAUUUAAAAUUUGCUUACCUGGAUCAU